GAGUGACAAGCCUGAGCAGCUCCGCGCGCGCUCCCGACGCCAACCAGCAGCAGCGGAGGAAGCUUCCUCCAGAUCCAGCAGCAAGAACCAGGAAGUGAAAGCGUACACAUGGAGGGUGUGUCUCCCCCUGCCAGCGAAUGUUUUAUUCUUUAAAACCCAGUCCUCCUCGGAUAAAUCAUGGGGGACUCGGCGAGGACCAAGCGGCGGGAGCAACUCAAACGUUGGGCCGAGUCCUGCACCAACAAAGCGUCGGCCGUGCCCAGGCGGAGGUGGCGGGGCGAUGCCGCGAACGGAGCUGGGGAGUCAGAGGACGCCGAGCUCAGCGACCCGCCCAGGGACCAGCCAGUAUCCUUGGGCAAAGAUGAAACCAGCCCCCUCCUCAAACGACGGAAAAGUGUGAGAUUCGAUAGUGCUGCAGAGUUCCUGGCUGCCUGUGCCAGCGGGGACACUGAGGAAGCCCAGGUGAUGCUGAAGGAGGCCAAAGAAACCAAAUUGAAGAGCAGGGAGGAAGUAGCAGAAAUCAUCAACUGUUCUAAUGCUGAUGGAAUAACUGCUCUCCACCAGGCCUGCAUAGAUGGCAGUAUGGAGAUGGUGUCCUUCUUGUUGGAGCGUGGUGCCAACGUGAACCAGGUUGACAGUGAAGGAUGGACGCCGCUGCAUGUUGCUGCCUCCUGCGGCUACCCUGACAUUGCAGAAUUUCUUUUGCAGGAAGGCGCGUCUCUUUCUGCUGUGAACUGUGACGGUGAUGUUCCUCUGGACAUUGUUCUGGAUGAGACCACUGAGUCCCUUCUUCAGGGUUACACUCUGAGACAGGGUGUGGAUCUGGAGGCAGCCAAGCGACGAGAGGAGGAGCAGAUUAUGACGGAUGCCAGGACCUGGCUCAGUGAGGGUCUACCUACUGAUUUACAGCACCCUAAGACCGGGGCCACACCUCUGCAUGUGGCUGCUGCCAAAGGAUACGUAGAAGCCCUCAAGAUACUGUGUCAGUGUGGGCUGGAUGUAUCAGCUGUGGACUUUGAUGGCUGGACGCCUCUCCAUGCAGCAGCACAUUGGGGACAGGGGGACGCCUGUCGGAUUCUGGCUGAACAUCUGUGCAAUAUGGAGGCUCGCAGCAAUGCAGGUCAGACGCCGUCUGACAUAGCUGAUGAUAGCGUUGAGGAGCUACUGGAAGAACUAUCACAGAAGCAAGCUAAUUGGCGUAAUGAACAGUCCAUAUCUGAGAGGCAAAACCCACCAGGCUCCACCACUGCAAACACACAAGGCAAACGGCGGAGGAGCUCAGUGUGCAGGAUGAGCAGUAAAGAGAAGAUGAACGUGCAGGACCAGUCCAAAGAGAGGGGCGUUUCAGGAAGCCUGGAGCUGAGUGAGGAGAAGGACAGCAGUCCAGAGAGCUCCACUGUGUCCAGUCCAGACACUGAAAGUGUGACCACAUCCACAGUCAGCCCUGCUGACAAGACACCGGAGGAGAAAGAUGAUGAGGAGAAGGAGCAGGACAAAGCGAACCGCACUGCCAGAGUCCAACCAACUCCACAGACGAGGGAUGCCGCAGCUGAGAGUCCAAAUACUCCCAAUGCUGAUCGUCGCAAGUUCCAAGCUCCAGUCAGAGAUGAAGAAUCUGAAUCUCAGAGGAAAGCUCGAUCACGGAUGAUGCGUCAGUCCCGACGCUCCACACAGGGUGUGACUUUGACAGACCUGAAAGAAGCUGAGAAGACUAUGGUCAAAGGCGCAGAUCAACCAUCUCGCAACAUCCAACCUGUCAGUCCCAUCGUCACCAUCACUCCUGCUGAAAGGGAUACAGACCCAGUGAAGCCAGCAGAGUCAGAGGGAGAAAAGCGUCUGGGGGUAAAGGAGAGAAGGAGAGGGAGAAAAGAGAGACGCUCCACUGGCAUAGUUCUGCCAGGGGGAGAGAACGACGAUGAGGAUGGUCAGUUUGAUGACACCAAUAGUAACAGUACUGCCAAUGAGAGUGAACCGGAAGACCCAGAUGGCUACAGAAUGCAGUACCUUAAGGUGCUUCAGGAGAACCUGUCUCUGAAGGACAAGCUGCAGGAGAUGGAGCUGCAGCUGAAUCAAAACAAAGUGGAGCUGGAGCGACUUCGACAGGUUGGGCAGAGUCAAGAGAGCAGCACUGAGAGGCCGGCGCUACUGGAACUGGAGAGAUUUGAGAAGUUGGCCCUCCAGAGGAAAGCAGUGGAACUGGAGGACGAGCUGAAGGUUGUGGGGGAUCUCAAAGCAGACAACCAGAGGCUCAAGGAUGAAAACGCUGCUCUCAUUCGAGUAAUCAGCAAGCUCUCAAGAUGAACCCUUUGAAAGAAAAAACAACAACAUGGAGAUAAAAGUAUUACAUUCUUGUUUGGCCCGACUCAGACGCCACAGAGCAGGAUGGGAGACGAUGGCAUCAAGCACAGCACAUUCAACAAUAACUGGAACAGUGUAUAGAUUUCAGGGUUAUUCGCCUGUGUUUGGGCCUUUAUGUUUUGGCAGAUCUACUGUAAAACAAGCUGAACUGCUCCUCCUGUGGACUGACAGGGCGCUCUCGUUCACCUCCACUUUUAUAUUACGUUUUUAUUGUUGUAUUUUUUUAACUGGAAUAUUUUAAUGUGCUUUGCUCCUCUGAUGCUUUGUAUAGAGUCUGUAUUAAGAGUCUUAAAGCCAUGCACAGUGCCAGCUAACAGCAAUGUGUUUGAAUGAGCUCCGAAGAGGUGAACAAAAAAUGCCAGUCAGCUGUAGGGCUGGGGAAAAAGAAUUCAAUGUGCCAAAAACCAGCCCUAGUUUGCAUGUCCUUAGGGAAAACUCAGUGGUCAGUGUUGAUUCUCAGGAUGAGUGAUAGGCGAUGCUUUCUGUUCUGGCUGACUGCUGUAAAGGUGGACCAAAUUUGCAUGCUCACUUCUCCCUGAUCCUCUGAAUGUAUAUUUAAGAUGUAUAUUUAUGUACAGGGGCCCUAUGCCCUGACAGUGAUGUAAAGGUGUAGUCUUAGUUUCUGUUUUUAAAAGAAAGACAGAUUUUCGGGUGCUAAUCGUGGCAACAGCUCAUGUUUAGAGGGGGUUUUACAGAAAAUGUUUGUUGCAAACAACAAAUCUUUCAAGGGAUUUAGGAGAAUGCAUGCUUUAUCCUUUAGUACUGUAAAUCAGUAGUUCUCUCACUUUGCCAUGUUGACUGGAUGCUUGUGAAAGCAAAGACCCCUAAGCUAAGUAUUCACCCUGUGACGGACAGCUGUUAUUUGACAGACAGGCCAGAGGGGUCAACUCCUGAAUGUUUACUCCAGUUUUAAAGAAAAAAAACCUGCAUGUCAAACUGUCUUUUGAUGCUGUGCCUUUCAAUAUACAUUUCUAAGUAAUAUUUCUAUUUUGCUUCGGUAACAAACACUGUUAAGUAUAAAAUAUAGUAUGGGCAUAAAUGAAGCCUCAGUUUGAUCUGUUUGUGACUUUUAUUAAACCGUCUUAGACUCUUUGUUUCCAAA